AGCAGGGGCGGCCCGGUGGGGCCCGGGGCCGGAGACGCCGCCGCGUCGUCGGCUGCUGCUGGAAGUGUUAUUGGAGAUGGGGCUGAGAAGAAUCCAUUAGGCCCUUGGCCUCUGAAGACCUUGGACUUGUUGGAGCAUUCGGUAGAUGUAAGAAUGUGGCAAGCCUACCAUACAGGCCUGGUAAAGUUUCUUGCCUUCAGAGAAAACAUGGGAAUGCCUCCAGAAUGGCCAAUUCCACCAUAUCAAAGUAGAGGAUUUGUGGUGGCUAUGGAGUCCCUAGGCUUACCUUCACCAAAAAUACUGAUAUACUUGGCAGCACUCUCCUACCUCUCCAAAUUGACAGGUCAUACUGAUCCUCUUGAAGACUUUGUAAACAGGCAUAUGGUGAUAGCAUUGCGUCAGAGGGAUGAUGCUCCAAGGGGUGGUGCUGCUCCUGUAACCAUUGAGGUCUUGCGAUCAGUCUUAGGAUCUGUGGAGUCUGUUUGCAGCUCACAGUAUGAGUGUUUACUUUUUCGUGCUGUAUUUACUGUGGCAUUCUUUGGAGCACUUCGGGUACAGGAAAUGGUGGCAGAGCAUCAGAACUGGGCACAGCCAGAGCUGUUGUUCCUGAGUGAUCUCCAGCUGACGGAAGAGAGAGCAAACCUUCGAUUACAUACAUCCUUCCUGGGUCAAGAAAGAUUUUUGAUUUCUCUUGGAUUAUGUGGAGAGACCUGGGUAUGCCCUGUUGAAGCACUCUGGAACUAUGUGGCAGCUAGGCCACGCAGGGAAGGACCUCUCUUUGUUCAUUCUGAAGGUACACCUCUGACAAAGAGACAGUUUUUGGCUGUCUUCCGUUCUUCUUUAAGACUACUUGGCCUUCGUUCAGAGUGCUAUGGUGCCCAUUCCUUCUGGUUGGGAACUACUGUCACACUAAUAAGAAGUGGAUACUCUGAGGAAGAUGUUAUGUGGCUAGCAAGAUGGCCUUGUAAGAUCCUCAGAAGGACAGUGUAACAAGUAAUGUGGUGACCUCACUAUGUUUAUCCCAGCCUUAAUUUCCUGCUGGUGGUCUACUUGUAUUACAAAUAGUAUUCCUUCUGACAUCACAAGAAUGUGAAGGAGUGGGGAGGGCAGCUGUCAAAACAUUAAAAAUAAUGGGUAUAAUCUCUUGCAGCUGCAUUCCUCCUCUCUUUCCCCUCCCCUCAUCUUUAAGGACUUUGAUAGUGGCCCUUGAAUUGACUAGCUCCAUCCACUUUUAAAAGCUGCUAAUGCCACAAGUACUGCCCUGUGAGCACUGUAAACUUAACUCAUUAAGUAUAUAGUGCUACUUGCCCUGGAGUUUCAGCAGCCCUGAAACAGACUACUUUCUUCUCGCUUGUAAAGCUUCUAGUAG